AUGGACGACGAUGAUUAUUGGAAUACAAGUGAAACGAAACAAAAAGCGUUUAGUUUCGAUGACGAUGUUCUGUCGCCUCAAGAAAUACUCGCAAUUAGUCAGAAACCCUAUUCUGGACAGACCGAAGAUACACCAUUCAGUUCUACAAUCGUUAAUAGCUCAAAGCGCAACUUAAUACCUUUAAAUAGUCUUAUAUCACCAAAAGUCCUAGAUUUGAUUGUAUUAGCUCAGUCUGGUAAGGACCUAAAAGAAAAAAUACCAGUCCAAUUAGAUACCACAACAGCCACAUUAAAGAGGUUAAUAUUGGGCCGUUCCUGCUUUAUUCACAUACAUAGAAGCUUAAAGCGUAAGACUGAAUUGCUUGAUGGAGCUCUUGCUAUUGGAGAUGGCAACGCUAUUCUAGCUGUAGUAUUAUUCCUCAUACAGACGUUAAACAAGAAAUUAGUGCAUGAACUCUUGUCUUCAAGGACUGUAGCACUGAAUCAUUAUAUAAGCUAUUUGCAAAGCGAAAGAAAAAUCACAGAACUUACAGAUUUACUUACAAUGCUAGGCCGGAGCCCUGAAGCAGCAAUGUACCAGUACCAACAUAUAGUAAAAACUCAAGGGAACAGCGUGGACGGCCUACAAAGGAAGCUGAAUAACCUGUUAUCCAAUAAUUUCAAUCAACCAGGAAUAGAUUCUCACAGUACUAAGAUGCUAUCAGAUUAUAUAAAAUUGUUAGAAUGGCAGACAUGUGCGAACAAGACCGAAUUGAACAAUAGGUCAGCGCUGGACUGUUUGGCAUACACUUGCAGAUCGCAUUGGCACGAAGGGGCGGGUAAAACGAUGUCCCCGUUGACAUUAUGUCAGAGGCAACAGAUCACUCCGCUGCAGUAUGAUUGGGUCGUGUUGAAUGUCCACGCGAAUUCCGGAAAAUGGGACGUCGUUGAAUCUUUAUUCACUACAAAGGACUGGCUGGGUCGAACCAUUGCGUCAUUUCACAUUCCGAUAGAGGCGCUGCUGUCGAAGUUAUCUGAAUUACAAGCACCUAAGUAUUUGAUGACGAACUUCAUCAAUAAGAUACAGAACAGCGAUAAAAGACUGAAAUUGGCGCACAAGUAUAAGAUACACAGUGUGGUCAUAGAAUCCCAUAUGAAACAAAAAGAUCGCUCUGCCCUCACAAAUUACAAAAUGACGCUCAGUCCACAAUCAGAAGAGUACAUCCUCGCUGAGAAUACAUUGCGAGACCCGUCAAUAAAGUGGAGGAAUUGA